AUGGUAACCAUUGCAGGUAUGACCUUAUUGCAGUUGGCCAUAGUGCUUGGCGCUGUGGUAGGAGGCAACUCGAUUGCAUUUCAACCUGAAUGCAGCCUCCCGACGCCACAGAAAAAUGAGAGUUUGCCUGUUUUCAAGAUCCUACCGUCUUACAAGAUAUCUGGCGAAAUCACAGACUGGACGAAUAAAACUGUGGCAUCAAUAACGGAACUAACAAAGACCGAUCGAAUAGCGACAGUUAUUUCGGAUCGUCAAUCAACACUGCACUGGAUAUUCAUGAGUCCCGAUCAGAGGUUCCUUCACAAUAUAACGUCAGGAAAAUGUGCCGCCUUUCCGUCCCCUCCUCUGUCUACUUACAGUCAACUCUCUUUAAUUUCUAAAGAUCUUUCAUCAUUGUCUACGCUGAUCUCAGGAUUGGUGGAUUUUUCCAAGAGUUCUCAGGGAGAAUUUCGUGACAAUCGUGUUAUUGCUGGUGUCGAAGGAGUGCGUUGGGUAGCAUGUGUGAAUGGAACUAAUGGGACAUCCAAUCUCCAAGUGGAAUUCAUCAUGAAUCAGGUCAUAUUUGCUGGUGAUAGUGAUCAAUCAUUGAAACCGCCUUCUCCUGCGUUCAGUAAUCCAUUGUUGCUCUUCGUGCGAGUUGCCGAGUUCGGGAAUUUUUCG